AUGGCGGAGCCCACGUCCAAGCCGCGGGUGCUGCUCUCCAUACUGAAGUGUAACUACUUCGAGCACCUCGAGGGCGAGCUCCUCUUCACGGCGAUCUCCGCGGGCUUCGGCCGCUUCGAGUGCGAGCGGCUCCUGAAGCCCAGCGGGGUGGAGCUCAUGAACCUGCCCCGGUCGGCCAACAUCGAGGUGAGCGUGCUGCGGUGGUGCCCGGCGGACCAGGACGGCGAGCGGCAGAAGCAGCUGCUCUACCACGGACUCGUCUCUCUCAGCGCGGUGCAGCCCACGUUCUCCAGGGGCGACGGGCGCGGAGGCGAGCGGGACCUGCAGGUCUGGGAGAAUUGGCUUGGGCUGUUCAGCUCCGACGUCAGCCUGAAGGCCAGGAUAGCGAGAGCGAACGAGGUGCCUGGAGAUGGGGGCCUCCAGCGCAAGAUUCCCGCGGCUGCUGCUGCGGCUGCAGUACAUGCCGCCUGGCGUGUCCGCGGCGCCGCGGGCGCCGCUGGAGCGGCAGCCGUCCGAGCGGCUCGCGGCGGCCGCGGGGCCGGAGCGGCACGCGGCUGGCCACGAGGGUGCCGUGGAGAAUGGCUACCCCGCCGACGCCUCCGCAGCGCAUGCUCGAUCUGGACAGCUUCAGGCCGAGGAAGACUGGCGCAGCAAGUACGAGGAGUUGUUUCGAGUCUCGGAGAACAACAAGCUGACUUGGGCGAAGCAGCGGGCCCACCUGGAACACCAGCUGGAGACGGAGCGCCAGGCGCGCCUGAGUCCGAUGUGGGCCGCCUCAGGAGGGAGGCCGAGGAACUGCAGGCCCGCUACCAGGAGCUGGAGCACGAGAACCUGAGGCUCCGCGAGCACGGUGGUGGGCGCGUCGACGAGGCACCGCUGCUCGCGCUGGCAGAGGAGGCCCUCUCUCGCGCGGUGUGCGCCGAGCCGGGGCUGCCCAGCUUCGACGCGUGGCUGGCGGCGCUCGGGGACGAGGAGCGGUCUCGGCUGGCCGGCUCCGGGCAGGGGCGGCUGCUGUCCAUCUGCAGGCAGGUGUCGGCCCUGAGGAGCGCCCCUGCGGCGGCGGGCCCGGGCCAGCCUCCAGGCGCGGGCCGCGGCGGGGUGUUUUUUUACAAGCCCGUCAAGUCGGAUCCCGUCGACUGCCUCCUGGCGGCCAGCCUCCUGAGGCUAGACAGAGAGCCGCCCCCUGCGCUCGAGCUGUCGCGGGUGGAGCCAGGCCUCUACCGGCUCGGCGCCUCCGGGCCGAGGUUCCGCUGCCACAUCGACGGCGGGAGGCUCAUGAUCCAGGCCGACGCGCCGACCGGCGGCGAAGGCAGGCCCCCGAUGGAGUUCGGCGAUUUCCUCGCUGCAGGCCCCGAGGCGCUGACCGCCGCGGCCUGCUGA